AUGCUUGGCCUCUGGCUACUCAGCGCCCUGUGGACACCAGCCGUAGCUCCUGAACCCCCUUUGCCCAAUGUGAAAGAGUAUGAGGUAGUAUGGCCUCGGCGCCUGACUGCGUCCCGCGCCCGCAGAGACCUGCCCUCCCACUGGGGCCUGUACCCAGAGAAUCUGAGCUAUGUUCUUGGGACCAAAGAACACAUGUUCACCCUGCACCUUCGGAAGAACAGGGACCUGCUGGGUUCGAGCUACACAGAGACCUACUCAGCUGCCAAUGGCUCCGAGGUGACAGAACAGCUACCUGGGCAGGACCACUGCCUCUACCAGGGCCAUGUGGAAGGGUACCAGGGCUCAGCGGCCAGCCUUAGCACCUGUGCUGGCCUCAGGGGCUUUUUUCGAGUUGGGUCCACUGUCCACUUGAUUGAGCCUCUGGAUGGUGAUGAAGAGGGGCAGCAUGCGAUGUACCAGGAGAAGCACCUGCAAGAGAAGGCUGGGACCUGUGGGGUCAGCGACACUAGCCUGGAUGACUUAGGGCCUCGGGCCUUAGAAAUCUACAGUUCUCAGCCUCGGAACUGGCUGAUACCCAGAGAACCCCGAUAUGUGGAGUUGUAUGUGGUCACAGACAGCCAAGAGUUCCGGAAGCUGGGGAGCAGAGAGGCCGUGCGCCAGCAUGUAUUGGAGGUAGUAAACCACGUGGACAAGCUUUAUCAGGAGCUCGAUUUCCGUGUGGUCCUGGUGGGCCUGGAGAUCUGGAGCAGAGACAAGUUCUACAUCAGCCCCCAUGCCAAUGUAACACUGGAGAACUUCUUGAACUGGAGGGAACAGAACUUGCUAGGGCAGUAUCCACAUGACAACGUGCAACUUAUCACAGGGGUUGAUUUCAUCGGCAACACUGUCGGACUGGCUAAGGUAUCUGCCCUGUGUUCCCGGCACUCGGGAGCUGUGAACCAGGACAAUGCCAGGGACCCCAUUGGUGUAGCAUCCACCAUGGCCCAUGAGCUGGGCCACAACUUGGGCAUGAACCAUGAUGAGAGCAUCCCAGGCUGCUACUGCCCUGUACCACGUGAGGCUGGUGGCUGCAUCAUGACCCAAAUAUUUGGCUCCAACUUCCCAAGGAAAUUCAGCAGGUGUAGCCAGGUUGACCUAGAGUCAUUCGUGAUGAAGCCCCAGACAGGCUGCCUGACCAAUGUCCCAGAUGUCAACCGGUUCGUGGGAGGCCCUGUGUGUGGAAACCAAUUUGUAGAGCAUGGAGAGCAGUGUGACUGUGGUACACCUCAGGACUGUAAGAACCCCUGCUGCAAUGCCACCUCUUGCCAGCUAGUCAAGGGGGCAGAGUGUGCUUAUGGUGCCUGCUGUCAUGAGUGCAAGGUGAAGCCAGCUGGUGAGCUAUGUCGUCCCAUGAAGGACACAUGUGACCUGGAGGAGUUCUGUGAUGGCCAGAAGCCAACAUGCCCUGAAGAUGCUUUCCAACAGAAUGGCACACCCUGCCCGGGGGGCUACUGCUUUGAUGGGAGCUGCCCCACACUGACACAACAGUGCCAGGAUCUAUGGGGGCCAGGUGCCCGGGCUGCAUCAGACUCCUGCUUUACCUUUAGCAUCUCUCAGGGCUGCCGUAUCAGUAUGUAUGCUGGCAAAAUGAACCGGUGUGGGGUGCUGUACUGUGAGGGAGGCCAGAAGCCCCUUGAACGUUCCUCCUGCAGUUUCUCCACCCACCAUGGAAUCUGCCACGCUCUCGGCACAGACAGCAACCCCGACACCUAUGAGCUGGUACUCCAGGGCACCAAGUGCGAGGAGGGGAAGGUUUGCAUGGGUGGACGCUGCCAGGACCUCCAUGUAUAUAGAUCUGAGAAUUGCUCUGCUAAGUGCAACAACCACGGGGUAUGCAACCAUAAGAGAGAGUGCCACUGCCAUGCGGGCUGGGCCCCGCCCCACUGUGCACAGCUGCUGGCAGAUGUACCAGCUGGGCGAGCAGCAUCUGGGAGCCUUCCAGUUGGUGUGGUGGUGGCUUUGGUGAUCCUGGUGGUGGCGAUGGUCAUCCUGGCAGGUGUCAUCUACCGAAAGGUCCAGAGCCAAGUCCAGAGGAGGAGUGUGGCACCCAAGCCCACCACAGGGCUCUCCAACCCCCUAUUCUUCAUGAGGGACAGCAGCCUGCCAGAUAAGAGAAGGCCUCCAGGCACCCCAGAGGUGGCUUGUACCAACCAGCCCCCGAGACCUACAGUGACACCAAAGAGGCCACCCCCUGCACCUCCAGCUCCUGUGUCCAGUCCACCACUUCCAGUUCCAGUUUAUACUCAGCAGCUUAAACCUGUUCCACCUACCAAGCCCCUCCCAAAGCUGAAACCCAAGCAGGUCAAGCCAAAUGUUGCACCUCCAACACCACCAGUCAAGCCUGGGACUGGAGGGACCACAUCUGAAGUGACUCAGGUCAAGCCAAAUGUUCCACCUCCCACACCUCCAGUCAAGCCUGGGACUGGAGGGACCACGCCUGGGGUGACUCAGAGCGCUGCUGGUCCAAAAGUUGCUCUGAAGAUCCCUGUCCAGAAGAGGUGACCAGCUAGGGCACCCCAGGGCCACUGCAGGCUUGUGGAAGUUCGAAGAUACCAGUGCUCCUAUGAACAUGCUCCUUCAGCAACAGCCCCCACUCGGGCUGGACCUGCAGUCCAGCUGUUCCUACCUCAGGAAUAAUCUAUGUGGCUCUUGCUGUCCAGCUGCCCACCUGAACCAGUGUCCUCUCACGGGCCUUGUCUGCAGUUGCUAGGCUGGGGUAAUGUCACCUGCAGUGAGCCAGAGUGCCAGGAGCCCCCCUCCCAGCAACUUCUGCAUCCGCCCUCACCUAGUGACCCCUCCCCAAGGCCGGGGCAGAUUUGCACAGUUCCUGUAUCUCCUACAUCCCAGUCACGUAGGAGACGUAGGGAGGAAAAGCCGACGUUGUGGGGGAGGGGGGUGUAUGGGACAGGAAUCGCCUUCAUUUCCGGGAUUGGGACAGAAUGAUUGUCUAACUUACUG